AUGGGGGAUGAAAACCAAACCAUAGAGAUUCAGUUCCACUUCCAGCCAUUCUCACCCAUCUUGGAGGUACAGAUAUUAAUCUUUGCAGCCUUCCUGCUCAUGUACAUUGGCAGUCUCAUUGGUAAUACCACCAUCUUCCUCACCGUGUGGGCAGAACGUUCACUCCACACACCCAUGUAUUUCUUCCUGGCCAACCUGGCAGUUCUGGAGAUCUUUUACUCUUCCACUGUCGCCCCACUGGCACUAGUCAACCUACUGACCAUGGGAAGAAUCCCCAUCUCUUUUACUGGCUGUGGCACACAGAUGUUCUUCUUUGUCUUUCUGGGCAGUGCUGACUGCAUCCUCUUGGGAAUCAUGGCUUAUGAUCGCUUGAUAGCAAUCCGGGACCCUUUGCGUUACACCCUCAUCAUGAGAUGGCAAAUAUGUGCACAGCUGUCUAUAGGAGCCCUGAUCCUUGGUUUCAUUCUAGCCUUACAGCUGACAGCUCUGAUUUUCCAUCUGCCAUUCUGUGGCCACAAUAGGAUCACUCAUUUCUACUGUGAUGUUCUCCCUAUCUUGAGACUGGCCUGUGGCGAUACCCGAACGCCAGAAGCCAUGAUCUUCAUCGUCAGUGUCAUCAUCCUUACAAUCCCCUUCUCCCUGAUUUCCAUCUCAUACAUAUUUAUUGUGUCUGCCAUUCUGAAGAUCCGCUCAGCAGAGGGAAGGAACAAGGCCUUUUCUACCUGCUCUUCUCAUCUCACUGUAGUUCUCCUCCAAUAUGGCUGCUGUAGCUUGAUCUACUUACGGCCCAGUUCUAGCUAUAACCCCAAAAUGGGCCGUGUGGUGUCUGUUGUCUAUACCUUUGUCACCCCUCUCUUGAAUCCCUUGAUCUACAGCAUGAGAAACAAGGAGUUGAAAGACGCUUUAAGUAAGGUGAUGAAAAGACACAAAUGGAAAUAG